AUGGGACCACUCAAUACCACUGGCCCAAAGGCUCCUUGGCUUUGGCAAGUAUCACCUGGCAGGGUGAAAGGAAUCCGGUGUGGAGGGAAAGGGACGUCUCCGUACAGUCCUGGGAACCUAUUCCUCCACACAAAGCCGGUGGCGAGUUUUCGCUCUGAACCCUACAUUUUCGGAUUUUCCUUUGCCGGCCGGACCAGCGUCAGGUUGCCCGCCUCCUCGAGGCAGCACGUGCGCACACCGCAGUAA